AUGCCAGGCUCAAGGCCAAGGAUAACGCAGCCAGUGACGGCGUGGACCGUCAUCGCCGUGCUUCUCGCCCUCCUCCCGACAACCCUCGCCGACGGGAUAGGGCUGAUCGGAUGGGGCAAGCACAUGUACCAGCCGGUAUGCGCCUUUGCGUGCCGCAGCGUGGUGAGGGCCUGCCCGCUACUGUGCACGCCCGAGCCGGGCGGCAAAAAUUACGGCACCGCGCACUCGCCCAACUGGACGCCUCCCGAGUGCUUUACCAGCGACAGGGCCUUUAUGCAGACCAUGGCCCUCUGCAUCGACAAUUACUGCCCCAUCUCGGACGGCCCGACCUGGUACGCCAUCGAGGACUACUGGGCGUCGCACCUGGCCGUCACGACCGUCGGCAGCUACCAGUGGGUGCCCAGCAUGUCCCUGCAGGAGGCGGUGGAUGGUGCGCGCGCCGAGGAGAAGGCCAUGAGGGACGCCGUGGGGAAAAACUCGACGGGCCACGGUGGUUAUGGCAGGCUCAGGGCCCGUCAGCACCACGGAGCAUCGUCGGAAUCGGGCAACGCCACACAAAGGUUCACGAGUGCGCUGCCUACAAUUAAGGCCAGGGCUCCGUUAAACGUUACGAGCUUUAUCCUAUGGGAAGACUGGCAGAGGGCUUAUAACGGAGCGAGGUUGUUUGAGACCAACGAGGUGGGGCAUUCAAAUGCGACGAUCGCUGUUCUCUUUACCGCCCUCUUGGUUCCAGUCCUCUUUUCCAUGCUUCGAGCCAUUCCUGGUCUUGCUAGAAGUUACACCUGGACCUGGAUCAACUGCAUUGUAAACCAUCCCGCAGCCUUUGGCACCCGGCACCGCGAGCCCGUCGCCGCCGCGGCAGGAGGCGCCAUGGUGCCAACCCGGGGCCAGAUGCUGUACAUUGGCCUGAUUAGCAUCGUAAACUUUGUGCUCCUCGUGGCGCCCUACUACUACGUCUACCCCAACAGCACGUACCCGAUCCGGCGGAACCAGGACCUGGCCACCAUGGGCAACCGGGCGGGCAGCAUGGCCAUGGGCAACGCGGCGGCGCUGUUCCUCUUCUCGGCGCGCAACAACGCGCUGCUCUGGCUGACCGACUGGGGCCACUGCACCUUUCUGCUGCUGCACCGCUGGCUCGGCGCCUGGACCGUCCUGCUGACCGUCGUGCACUCGUGCCUGCUGCUGGCCGCCUACGUCGAGUACGGCGACUACGCCAUGGAGCUCGCGCGGCUGUACUGGCGCUGGGGCGUCGUCGGCACCGUCGCCGCCGUCGCCCUCGGGCCCGCCUCCGUCCUGGCCCUCCGCCGCGCCGCCUACGACCUCUUCCUGCCGCUGCACCAGCUCCUGGCUAUGCUGUUUUUGGUCGGCUACUACCACCACAUCUGGUACCUGUACCAGUACCAGUGGGGCUACGAGAUUUGGGUUUGGAUUGCUGUGGGUUUCUGGGCGCUCGAUCGUGUCCUGCGUCUGGUCAGGAUGGCUGUGAAGGGGCGCCGUACUGCGGUAAUCUCGCCCGUAGAGGGAUCCGACGGGGAGUAUAUGCGCAUCGACAUUAACGGCGUGCGCUCGGGUGGUGUCGUUUAUCUGUGUUUCCCGACAUUGCGCUGGAUGUUCUGGGAAAACCAUCCCUUUUCUAUCGUCUCCUCUAAAGCCACUGAGGUCGCUGUCGCCGACGAACCUGAAGCAACACAAACAACCAUCCCUUCCUCGGAAAAGGCCGGUCCCCAUGCUGAAAAGUCCGCGGCUGGGCUGGUCAGCAUGCCGUCGCCAUUAAGCCCACCCCAGAAUGCAUCCGUGGCUCCCACCUCGAGCAAGAAGACCGGCCAGCCGCGCACCACCAUCAUCGUCCGCACGCGCACCGGGGUGACGGCCCGCCUCGCAGCACGCCUGGCCACCGCGGCCUCCACAACCGGCACGCCGCUGCGCCUGCCCGUCCUGAUCGAGGGCUCGUACCAGUACUCGGGCUCGGCGGAGCGGCGGCUGCGCAGCUGCGCCUCGGUGCUGUGCAUCGCCGGCGGCGUGGGCGUGACGGCCGUGCUCCCGCUGCUGCUGCGACGCGGCGCUUGUUCGGCGUUGCCGUCGGGCAGCCCGCGCGGCCGGCUGGUCUGGGCCGUGCGCGACGGCAGCCUGCCCGCGGCCCUGGCGCCGGAGCUGGCUGCGCUGCAGGCUGCGGGCGUCGAGGUGGAGACGAGCGUCGGCAAGAGGGUCGACCUCGGCGCCGCGCUGGAGCAGGAGGUCCUUGCCGGUGGAGACCUGCUGGGGGUGGUGGUUUGUGGGCCGCCGGGGAUGGCCGAUAAGGUGCGCGCAAAGGUGACGCAGCUGGGGAGGGGUGGGAGGCGGGCGGUUGUUUUUGUCGAUAAAGCUUUUAGUUGGUAA